AUGCCGAUUCUCCUCGGCCUCCACCUGCCACUGAAGCGACGAAUCCAGCUGGUGUGCGUCUUUUCUAUUGCACUUCUACUGACCGAGACGGAUAUAGCCAUCAUUGUGGGCUGCAUGCCAGCCUGUGCCCAGUUUCUGUCGCCUGGCGCCAGUGCAUCUACCUUCUUCAGGUCCCUGCGCUCUCGCCUGCUGGGUAGCCGUCGCGCCGGCACGGGCACGGGGAAGACUACGUCGUCCAAGUUAAGUUUGUCUUACGAGCAGCAGCAGCAGCAGCAGAAACGUGGCCAAUUUGGUGGCGGCAGUGACGAGUCGAAACAAAUACUUGAUUACGAAAUGACUGACACACAGUCGCUCAAAGCUACGGCUCGAGUUGAUGACGGGUUGGAUUGGCAUCGCCAGUCCAACCACCUGCGUGAGGACAGGUCGGCUCAACAAUGGGUGUGA